AUGGCUUUCGAUCGCCCCAUUUCUAUGCCGCCGCUGGUUUUUCCUGAGUUUGAUCAGAAUCAGCCGGGUUCAAUCGAUGAAAAGAGUUUCGGAUUCGGGCUUCCAAGUUUUGAUUUCAGCGGAUCCACGGAGCUAAUGGCUGUGCCUAAGANCAAGUUACCUAAAGAAAUUCCAGAUACCACGACNAGCGGAUCCACGGAGCUAAUGGCUGUGCCUAAGAAGAAGAUUUCUAAACACAAGAGAGGGAUAAGAAAUGGGCCAAAGGCUCUUAAACCUGUUCCUAUAGUCUUUUUGUGUUCCAGGAGUUGCGGGCGAGUUAAGCUGCCACAUUUCUUUUGUUGCAGCGGUGAGCGGCUAAACCCUAGUGAGCAAGGCAAUUCGAACAACUGAUAAAGGUUUUCAAUAUGAUCACUCCUUGUUGGAUAUCAAGAGGCAGCAACCUUGGCUUUUUUAGUAGUAGACUCGAGUGAUAUGAUAGACUUAGUUGAUGCUGUUUUGGCAAACUAUUUGGGUUUUUGCUGCAAGAUCAAUAUGCUCAUGCUU